GAUAUCAAUCAAUCAAUCAAUAUAGACAUAGCAGCAGUGAUGAAGCGAAGCAGAUCAAGUGAAGGAGAGAUAGAGAACAUAUCCAUGGCCAAUUGCUUGAUGUUAUUGGCUCGAGGAGCAGGAGUAGGAGGAGGAGGAGGAGGAAGAGUUGGAAUUGAAUCCGACGAGUCGGUGGCUAACUCUUCGGGUCGCAGCUUUGAGUGCAAGACCUGUAAUCGACAAUUCCCAUCGUUUCAAGCAUUAGGAGGACACAGAGCAAGCCACAAGAAGCCCAGAUUAAUGGAACUUGGGUUGGGAGGAGAUGACCCACAUCACCAAUCGCAACCGCACAACACACCCACGAAGCCUAAAACCCACGAGUGUUCCAUAUGCGGUUUAGAGUUUGCUGUUGGGCAAGCUUUGGGUGGGCACAUGAGACGCCAUAGAACCGCCUUGCCCGGAGGAGGUGGCAGCUUAUCUCCUCCGCCACCAGCUCAACGACCAUCACCACCCACGAUGACGACGGCGACGACACAAGUGGCGGUGCUGAAGAAGUCUCAGAGUAGAAGGGUUUUAUGCUUGGAUUUGAAUUUGACACCUUUCGAAAACGAAAUUGGAUUGGAUUUUUCGAUUGGGAAGAUCUCUACUGUCCCGUCCUUGAUUGCUUGAUGGACUGG